GUGCGCGCGCGCACGAGCGGCCCGCCGGCGGCCGCGGGUGGAGGGGGCGGUUCCUCGAGUGUCCGCGGCCGGAGGGUGGGCAGGCUGGCGGCAGGUGCCGCUGCGGCCGCCGCCGCAGCCUCCUCCGGGUCCCGGGUCUCCUCGUCCUCCGGCGGUGAUGAGCUGGGCCCCGUCGGGGGCUGCACCUGCCGUCUGCCCAUCACCCCGGGCCUCCCUGCGUGACCUCGGCCUCCUCGCGUGCCCGGCCCCCGCGGCGCGGGGCUGCCCCUGAGAGGGAGCGGCAGCGGCAGCGGCCUCUUCCGCCCCGAGUCCUCGCUCGGGGGCCGCGCGGGGAGAGCGCCCGGCCCCCUCCCCUCCCCCGUCCGCCGUCCUCAAUGUCUCCCCGGCGGGGAGGGGGCUGCCUGGGAGACGCGCUGAGCUGCCCCCCCCGGAGGCCCGUCGGCGGCAGCAGCAGCGCCCGGCCCGGCGCCCCGCAGCCUUCCCCGGCGGCGGCGGCGGCCUGGAGGAGCCCUGCACCCGCCGCCGCCCCCGGAGCCUCGCAGCCGCCGCCGCCACCCGGCGCCCGAGGAGAGGGCGGCGGGCGCCCCCCGGGGAAGAUGAAGGCGGAGGGGGGCGACCACUCCAUGAUCAACCUGUCGGUGCAGCAGGUCCUGAGCCUCUGGGCCCACGGGACGGUGCUGAGGAACCUCACGGAGAUGUGGUACUGGAUCUUCCUGUGGGCUCUCUUCUCGUCCCUGUUUGUCCACGGUGCUGCGGGCGUGUUGAUGUUUGUGAUGCUGCAGAGACACAGGCAGGGGAGAGUGAUCUCCCUCAUCGCCGUCAGCGUCGGAUUUCUGGCUUCUGUCACCGGCGCGAUGAUUACUAGCGCAGCCGUCGCGGGCAUCUACCGAGUGGCAGGGAAGAACAUGGCCCCCCUGGAGGCGCUGGUGUGGGGCGUGGGACAGACUGUAUUGACAUUAAUCAUCUCCUUCUCAAGGAUCCUCGCCACACUCUGAGCUGUCGGUGGGAAUGUCUAACUUCACAGAAGGAAACAGAUGUACAGAUUCUCGGAACACGGCGUUGUGAAGGAGCGGGGAUGAAAUUGAGCCAGGAGAGCGUGGAAGGAGCAGGUCGCUGCAGAAGGCCUUGAGCUGUGUGCGAAGAUCGCCCUCUGGUGUCCAAGUGAUUGCACUACCGCACCGCACCUUAACGUGCCUCCGUCCCAGGCCAGGCGCAUCCUGGAAGCCGUGAGCAGAAGCACCUUGUUCAGAUGCCAAUCAGGUUAACACUGGUGUUGACUCAUCGUUCUUUAACAGUGUUGUGUUGAGUUACGGGGACGUUUUGAGGAAUUGAUAUAUGUGCCAAACUCUUCUCUCUCUCUCUCUCUCUCUUUUUUUUAAACAUUGAUCAUGUGACAAUUUGCAAGUGUAGAUGUAGAUGAGUGCUGUGAACCACAUUUGACAUGAAUUCAGGUAACGUAGUGAGAUUUUUCUUUCGUGACGCUAAAUCCCGUGUGAGUGCUGAACACCGAAUCCUUUAGUAUGCGGCGAACUUUUUGGUUUUUAAUGUUGAACGUUUCUGGGAUUUAGGGCUUUAAUAUGUUUAGGCAUUAUUGUUAUUUAAUUUAUGUGGAAAAUAAUACUUAAUGGAAAACUAGCUAAACUCUUGUAAGGACUCAAAGUAGACCCAUAGGGUGCAUCCUUCCCACUCACUUAAAUAACAAACACUCUUUUAAUAGUUUCCCUCCUGCGUAACUAUUCUAUUGAUAUGAAUUCAAAAACUAUGGGUCACACACAUUGACUGUAGUUUGUGUGUCAUAAAAAUAUAAUUUGAAAUUUUUCUUAUAAACUUUGUAAGAAAAGAAGUCUGAAAUGCAUGUUGCAUUCUUUGACCCUUCUAAAGAAAGUUUUUGCCAUGUAUCUCAUGGAGAAAACAUCUUUAUAACUCGUAUCUCGGUGGGAUUAUAUUACUUGUUGCAUAUAUCUUGAUUUUUGACAAAACAUAAAGGAUCUUGCAUUCUGGAGUAUUACCUAUAUUUAAAGAGUGGCCUAAAUUAGGCUGUGAAAACAAAGAGCCUCAUUUGUAGAUAAGUGACAAGUUAUAUAAGAAGAGUAAUAAACUAUCUUACAUUGGGCAUGUGGUAACAUAAUUUUGCUAAGUAAAAAUUGGGGAAUAUAAGUAAUUUAAAAAUUUGGCACUUAAUCUCAGCAUAUCAGUACAGUACUGAACAUAUAUUAGAGCCGUUCUGUCGUUCAGUUCUCGAUUUGCACUAUUAAGUUUCCUAGAAUCAGCGACGACAUUUAAUAGAAUGAAAAAGUACUUAGUAAUACAACAUUUUAAGAGGUUUUGGCAAGAUGGAGUUGUUUUUAAGAGUGCAAGGAGUAAGGAGGACAGAACCUGGUUGAAUUUGUCUCCAACUGAUGGUUUUAAAUUCCAGGUCCUCUGAUAAAUGUGCUAACUCAGAAACCCACUGCAGAAAAUGUGAAGUUAAGGGCAAUCCAAAAAACAAUCUGCAUACUCUAGCCUCACUGUUUUAUACCCCGAUUUGCUAAAAAGUACAUUUCUAUUAGGUCCCAUUCAAAUUUAAGACUCUCAUUACCCACACCACUUCUUUUCCACCAAAAAGCAGAAGAUCUUUCAAUGACUUCACAAUAGGGAGUUGGGGAGGGGAUACUUUUACCAGUAUGGAAGCCAGUCUUGUGGGUUUACUAAUGCUGUGGCUUGGAAAUCUGUUUUUUUUUUUUUUUAAACCAA